AUGGCGGCGCCACGUAAAAAGUUCUCGACUGGACUUCCUGGGCUGGGUUCUUCGAACAGUGUGGCAGACACAACGCCUGGUGGUGGGUUAUCUGGACCUCCUGUUGGAACAAAACAGAAAGCUGAGAAGACAAUGGCGCCUCCCGGAAAACCCAAGCUCGGGGUACCGCCGCCUCCCGUGCCACCGCAAAAAUCAAUGUUGCGGGGCCGACCUCUGGCGUAUGGACUUUUGGACAGUGUUGAGGAGGAGACGGCAUCGAUCGACGGAAAGCGCGCGAGCACGGCGGACUCGGUGCAGACGGUUUUCUAUCGACCGCUCGGUGAGGCCGGCGAUAGCGAUGACUUUUCUAAAUCUUCUGCCGCGAACGAGAAGAGCAGCGGUAGUGGCAGUAUCUCGAGACUCGGAGGAAGUAGUGAUGAGUCAUCCAAAGCACAUACCAGCGGCAGCAGCCAGGAACGGCUUGCGAGAGACCUGGGCUGCACAGCGAGCGGCAGAUUGAAUGCCGUCAAGAAGAACUCCAGAAGUACGGAUAGUCGGGGACCUCCAAAGCAUGUAGAUGUCUCGUCACCAUCGGAGAUGCAUGAUCUGCUGGCUCCCCCGGGCACGGAGCCACGUUAUUCACCCAGCCGUCCUGGGAAACCUGUGGAAAGGGAGCGGCAGUAUCAGGACGACGGUGCAGUGAAUUCUCCGGAGGAAGGAAACGCGAACAGUCGUAUCCUCGGCGCUGCAGCGCGUGUCAGACGCAGCAAUCAGUCGUUGGCUGGUAGCGGCAAGCACUUUUCCAGGCCAUUUCAGUCUGACACGCCGGACCACCGCGAGUCGUCUGCCAGCAUUUCCGGUGAGACGCGGCCUCCCGUUCGUCAGAGAUACUACCGAAGCAUGCGAGAUGGCGUUCCGAUCCUCAUGCAUCAGCGAUCCGGUGUCUGGGUCGAGGCGGUCGAGGGUGUGGAUUUGACCACUUUCAACGGGAACAAGACCACCGAUGAAGACGACGAGCCGCUUCCUGUGCAAGAGGCCGAAGAUGUUAGGGAAAUCGAGCUUCCGGAUCGCUCAACGAUAGGGUCGGCCAGCUCACGACCGAGCGACGGUAGCAGUGGUAGAGCUGGCAUUUCGGACGACAGCGGAUAUGGGUCAUCGACUGCUCAGCCGUCAGCCGACCCGAACGACACAGCAAGGUGGGCGCGGACUCAGUCGAACCUACGUAGUAUGAAUGUCGGUACACCUUUUCCUCCGACACAGAAGGGUGCGCCACCGACGACCGAGCAAAUACCUACGAACAUAGGCUCGAAGAUUGAGCAGGUAGCUGCCGACGUUGAAGAGAUGCUUUACGGAGGACUGAAAUCAAAAAGGAAUCGUCGAUUGGACGAUCGAACGAUACUGGAACAGCUUGAGAGGUGA